UCAUUUUUCAUACACGACAACCCGAUUAUGACCGGGAUGCGACGCGAACAGUCCGCGGAAGACACGUAUGCGUCGGCCAGCGUCUAUCGUCAGACCUCUAGAGACUGAUCGCGAUUACAAUGUCCCUGCUGAACUUGAUCUGUCUCGAUUGUCCCGCACUUUCAGUCACGCCAUAGACUCAGUUUCUGAGUACUCUUGAACUUUUCGAUCACAAAAAUGUGUGUCCUUUAACAUGGGUCGAUAAGACGCGGACGAAACGUUCUUUAUAACUCCACGAUAUGUGAUAUGUGAGGUAGCGCAUAGCUACGAAUCGUGCAUAUGGCUCUUUGCGGCCUUGAAGAACGAAGGAGGGUGGAUCGGUCUGCUACACGCAUUGCGCUGAUACAAUUUUGUGAACUGUUUUGCGGGACUCGGGAUUUCUCCUUUUUCCCUCCCGAUUGUAGAAUUGUAAAAGCGCGGGCGAUAUUGUGGCUUGGUGAUUUUAUCUGAAGAUUGCAUUUGAAAUAAAGUGACAAAUAAUAACAACUUUUAUAGAGAUGUGUUGACAUUUUCACCGCUCACUUCAUAAUGGAGUUGGGGGAAAAAUCACUCCCUUCACGGGGAUUAAAACAAGUAAAAGUGGACAAUUGGGGGACAUUCUUCCUUCAGAGACUUCAACAAAUUUAUGCUGAUGAAGAAUUGUUUGAUCUUAAGAUCAGAUUUCCUACAAGUGAAAUUACUGUACAGGCACAUCGGCUUGUGGUAUCAGUAUGUACAGACUAUUUUAUAAAAUUGGCAAUUCAACAAGAAGAGAAGAAUGAGAACUAUGAUGGUAUAAUUGUUAUGCCUUCAGACAUGCCUUACGAGUGUGUUAAGUCUAUCAUAAGCUUUAUGUAUACUGGACAGUUAGAGUAUUGGACGUCAGAGCAACAUGCACUAUAUCGUACAGCACAAAAGAUGAAUAUGACAGUGCUGACAAAGUUGCUCGAUGCUCAAUUUAAUACAAGCCCUUUACAAAAUGAAGCGCCCAAGUCCACUGUGCGUCCAAUCAUCGCCGUCUCAAAACCUCCAACACCAGCUGUGAAAGUCACCACCAGCUCCUCGACUAGCUCCUCUACUAGUUCGACAUCUAGCGCCAUAUCUGAGCAGCCAUUACCAGGUAGAAAACUACCAAUUUGGAAGAGGAAAAUAGAGGAAUCGCCUUCGACAAAUUAUGAAUUACGAACAUUCCAUAGCACGUCGUCGAUCAGCAGACCCGUCGAAACGACUCCGGGACCAUCGAGAUUCGAUCUCCCGGAAGCAGACGAGAUCGCUCUCGGAGUGUUCUCCUCGUUCGACGAUAUUACAUACAACACGAAACCCAUCGUUCAAGCGUCCGAUAAAUACAAAACUGGAAGCUCCCGUAAAAAUUCGCCGGACAGAGACAGUAGAAACGACACGACCGAAGACGAGGACGACGACAAUCAAGGGAAUGACAAGAAUCUGCGAGACACGAAUUCGGACGACGAUUGGAGCAUAACGCAACCUUUCCAGAGAUCCCAGGAAGGAUCAGCCAAGAAGAAGGUGCGUUUCGAUUUGGAGGAGAAGGAAAACGUGGAGAAGCCUAAGUCGAACGCUCGACCAAGUUCCGAGGAUUCCAUCAAUAAUCACGCCAAGAUCAUCAGAGAGGUGUUGAAAAAAUAUCCCCAUCUGGUGAAGAACAACAAAAACAUUCGCCUAAAGAUCAUGCAGAAGGAGACCAAGUCUUCCGAUAGUAGCGCCGCGUGCAAGACGAAAGUGUCUUACGUAGUGCUGAAGUCCGACCACUUGUUAUCCAGCAAUAACGGCGAAGAAGGCGAGUCCAAUAAGUGCAACGGCACUAUCGAUGGCAACGAAACUGGUCCAUGGAAGUGCAACAAGUGCGACAUAGAGGAGGAGUACACUAAUUAUUAUAUGUACAGAAGACACAUGCAGGAUGUGCAUGAAGAGAAGUUCGACCCACGUGUCUGCGAGCAUUGUGGUUAUAAGGCCACUAAACGCAAUAUCUUGAUGUAUCAUUUGUACACUAAGCAUAACGUGCCUCCGCCCAAGAGCCUGUGUUUCCCGAAGUGUCAGUCCUGCUCAUACGUUGCCCUGUCGGAGAACCUGCUAGUGCGACAUCAGAUCAACCAUAAUCAUAGACCAGCCAGCCGACAUCACUCGUUGCCCGCGGAAGAUAUCCAGUGCAGUCAAUGCAAUCAAUCAUUCAGAACUCUCACCGAGCUCACGACUCACCAGCUGAACACUGGCCAUGAUAGUAUGGCAGACAGCAAAGAAAAGGGCCACCGUUGCCCGUAUUGCGGCAAGAUGUUCGUUCUAAUGACGAACCUGCAAGUGCAUCUAGAUUGUAGUCACAAAGAAGUGCGAGAUGCGGAGAAUGCCUCUACACCGCCGAUCUCCUUGGAGCCGUCGUCCGAGGCGGAAGCGCUCAGUCAUGUCGCCAGCGGCAUAGCCGCUUCCCUCGGUGUGGGAGACACGGUUACGCCUGAGCCGCAGGAAAGCUCCAGCGACAACCAAUUCGUUGUGCCAGAGAUACUGGAAAACAUCAGUCAUAACAUAAGCUACAACGAGCACGAGCUGGAAGGGCAGCAGAUGAUUAUGCUGGUGAACAAUGAGAAUUACCAGCAGGUCGAGAACGAUCAUCAACAACAGCAGCCGCAGCAACUCGACAUCGCUGACAACGAGCAGAUAGUGAUGCAGGGAACUGAGGACGGGAUGAUUGUAUACAUUCACGGCACCAAGGACUCAGAACGCCGUUCUUAUGAGAGUUAUCAAUCCGAAGACAUUUCGCAGGAGGGCGAGGAGAUAGUCGAGGAAGUCGUCGAAGAGGUCGAGGAAGAAGUGAUGGAAGAAGAAGAGGAGUUGCAAGAGGUACCGCAGGACAUGUUGGAGGACUGUGCUGAUAAUCAGGUGGAGGAGGUGAUACAAUACGUCGAGGAACAGGAAAUUGUGGAGUACGAAGAAGAGCAGUGCAGCGAGCAAAGCAACACCACGGAUGAAGUUCACGAAUCCGUCAUGAUCAUCGAGGAAGAGCAUGUCGAAAGGGAGGAUGAGGAGGAUACCGGCAAGCCUGCAAGCAAACGACGUAAGAAGAUGCGGAGCUUUGCCGCCGAUUGGGACGAGGAUAGCAUGAGCGUAACGGAAUCAUGAAUACCAUAACGUCGGAUUUUUCGUUUGCUUGCAAUAUGUUAUUAACUUUCACGACGAUUUUAACGAGACAUUAAGCGCUUUCAGUCGUUUCUUUCUACGUUUACCUGCGUAAUACGUUUGUUCGUUAGCGGAUUAGUGGCGGAUAGUAGGUUGAUGUCGACCUAUGUCGUGAAGAAAAAUUUAGCGAUAAGGCGCGGAGGAUUUCAAAUUAAUCAAACCAUUCAUUACAUUUAUUGAUAAGCAACAGGGACUAAAGGUAUAGUUCUCGACGAUACUGCUACGUGUGAAUUUUAUUCUUGCACAAACACAUUUGUGUCUUCUGGAUUAUUUUUACAUAUGGUUCUUUUAAGUUUCGAACAAUUCACUUGUUGACAUCAUACGGGACAGAGUCGCACUUAUAAGGCCAUUUUGGAAGAAACUCCUUCAGACAAAUCUUUCUAUUUUAUAUCAUACAAUGUAUGAAAUUGCAUAGGCAGAAACGAACUCUGCCAUGCCUCUCACAGAUCUUCUAAAAUCAAUAUUCGGCAUAAUAUGAGAUUUAAUAUUUUGCAUUAUUGUAACGAAAAAAUGCAGUCAUUAUCAUCUUCAUUGUGGUAGCAUUUUUGUAAGUGUAAGAAUUUAUUAGAUUCGACUUUAAGGUUUUUAUUCUAAAUUUUUAUAUCGGUAAAAGUGUUUCUGAAAUUGACUUAUGAGUUUUCUGAUUAGCUUUCAGUCAUAUUUAAAAGCACUUUUAUUUAUAAAAGAGAAUUUGGAAUAAGGCCUGGCUGCAGUAACAGAAUAAUAAGCUAACAGUUAAAGUAUAUAUCUAUUUUUGUUUAUUUUAAAGUAAAAACAAAAGAUAGAUAUGUAAUUAAACUGUUAGCUUACCAUCCGGUUGGUGCAACCGGAUCUAAUAGUGUUUUCGACUGAACGGAUUUUGAUCGAUCCAGGGUCGGUUAAUGAUGUCAUAAGUCUACUAGUCAAUCAUAGGGCUUAGUAGGCAGGGUAAAAACUUGAACGCUCCAUUAAUCGACCUUAGGUCCGUUCAGUUAAAAACGCAAAUAUUUUAUCUUUUCUUUUUCAACACGAGAACAUUUAUAUACAUGUAGCUUACAUAAAUAUAUAUAUUACACUUAUUAA